GACAAACCUCUGGAGAACGAUGCGGAGGGCGUGUGGAGUCCAGACAUCGAGCAGAGCUUUCAGGAAGCGCUGGCCAUCUAUCCGCCCUGCGGCCGCCGUAAAAUUAUCCUCUCAGACGAGGGCAAGAUGUACGGACGGAAUGAGCUGAUUGCACGAUACAUCAAACUCCGGACCGGAAAGACACGGACCAGAAAGCAGGUGUCCAGUCACAUUCAGGUGCUGGCGCGUCGAAAGGCUCGGGAAAUUCAGGUGAAACUCAAGGAUCAAGCAGCCAAAGAUAAAGCUCUCCAUAGUAUGUCCAGCAUGUCUUCAGCCCAGAUCAUCUCAGCCACGGCGUUUCAGAAUAAGAUGGCCCUGCAGGGUCUCUCACGGCCGGCCUACCCGACAGCUGCUGGGUUUUGGCAUGGAGCUCUCGCGGGACAACCCACAGGUCCAGAAGACAUCAAGCCAUUUUCCCAACCAAAUUUCAUCAUGCAGGCUUCCGGCCCUCCAUCCAUUACAGGUUAUGAAAGCACUACAGGUCUGUCCAUGUCCUCGAACACACCGCCCUGGCAGGGUCGCAGCAUCGCCGGCUCCAAACUCCGCAUGCUGGAGUUCUCAGCUUUUCUGGAGCAACCUCAGGAUCCAGAGACUGUUAACAAACAUCUGUUUGUACACAUCGGUCAGUGCAACCCCACAUACAGUGACCCGUAUCUAGAAGCCGUGGACAUUCGACAAAUCUACGACAAAUUUCCAGAGAAGAAAGGCGGACUGAAGGAGUUGUUUGAGAAAGGACCUGUUAACGCUUUCUUUCUUGUGAAAUUCUGGGCGGAUCUUUCUGUAAACCUCCAGGACGACAGCAGUUUCUUCUACGGUGUAUCGAGUCAAUACGAGAGCACAGAAAAUAUGAUUAUUACCUCCUCGACUAAAGUCUGCUCAUUCGGGAAACAGGUGGUGGAAAAGGUUGAGACGGAGUACGCACGCUUCGAGAACGGCAGAUAUGUCUUCAGAAUUCAUCGUUCACCGCUGUGUGAAUACAUGAUCAACUUCAUUCAUAAACUCAAACAUCUGCCAGAGAAAUACAUGAUGAACAGCGUACUCGAAAACUUCACCAUUCUGCAGGUGGUAACCAACAGAGACACACUAGAAACCUUGCUAUGCAUCGCUUACGUAUUUGAAGUCUCGACUAGUGAACACGGAGCACAACAUCAUAUCUACAGAUUAGUGAAAGACUGAGAUUCAGAUUGAGACUGUGAGGUCAACACCUGAUCAACACUACAGAUGCCAUUAUAACCAAUGACACAGCGCCCUCUACUGACUGACUGACUGACUGUGGUUCUUCAGUGUCCACUACAGAGGGCACAUGACUUUCUAGUGUAGUACUACUGUUCACAAGGAGAAAAGUCUGCGCUACUGGAACAUUCUGAACCCUGAGCAUCAAAAUGUUCGGGAUGUCACUGUCGAAUUCAUUUUUUAUAUAAUGGGAGCUAAUAGUAGGACGAUGCAUGCAAAGUUUUUUUUUUUCAUUUCAAUUCAUUCUAGCCCAAAGUGUUUGUAUUAGUUUGGUGUAUGUGAGGUCAUCUAAAGACAUUUUUGUCUUUAGAGAACCCAGUGAAACAAACAAAUCAGACUUUUAUUCUGGUCAUUUCUUGAAGUAUCGAGACAAAUGUGAGCUUUUGACUCAAGCACUGAAUGUGUAGUGAUGUUUUAUUUUAUAGAUUUACCACAUUGUAUUUAUCAGCCAUAUUUUUGAAAGUUGAAAAACAUUCGGUUUGUAAAAGUCUAACCAGUAAAGAGAUUAUUACUGACCAGAGGAAGCCUGUGGUGAAGGAUUAUACUGGAAAAACUCAACAAGGGCUUAAAAAACACAAACCUGACAACAGACUCCAUCUUUUGAUUUGGCUCUGUUGCAUUAAGGUUUCUUCAUACUCAGCGUGUCAGAUAACAGUUUGAUAUUACGUAUGGAAUAAAGAGCGUGUGUUAUCCAUCCAA